AUGGAUGCGCGAACCUACUACGGAGGCGAGCCGUUCCCUGGCCCCAUCCCCAGGAAAUGCCAGGAGCAAGGAGAAUCAAUUCUUCUGCUCUUGGUCAGCUUGAUCUUCGUCAACGUGGGGAUCAACGUGGUGACUAUGCUCUGGAGGCAUCUGAAGAGAUUCCUGCGGGCACUUUUCCAUCGUAUUUUCCCCAAAGACAAGCAAGCCAGCUGUGUAGGCAGCCAUCGCAUGCGCAUGCGCUGCUGCGUGGAUCCCAAGAACCUGCGCUCAAGAGUUUCUUCCCGCUGCCGCCAUCGCCGAAGCUUCCUGCUCAGGCACCCAAACCACCACCCAAACUCCCGGAUACCAGAGACAAAUGACAAGAAGGUUUCUAAGUGCUGCUGGAUGCCGCCUCAGUGUGGACGGGCUGGGGCUUCCACGGAGGCUCCACGGGGACUGUGGAAGGAGCGGGUAGUGGGAGCUGCGGAGGCCCCUCCGGUCAGAGCCUUAAAGGCCCAAGCCAACUUUUACUUCAGAACCCAGGCCUUGCUCAAGAUCAAGGCCUCCACAAGCUUCCAGGCCUUACCCAAGAUGCUGGAAUUUACAGGGGCUCAGAACAUACCCAUGACCCCAGCUUAUACAAAUACUCAGGAAUUCAUCGAGAUCCUGGCCCCCAUAAGGGCUCAGGUGGCCUACAAUGACCUGCAAACCUUCUCAGGGGUACCUGUACUGAUUGAGCUGCAAUCAUCCUCCCGGCGAGCAGGCAGCCAAGACUGGGUGUACCACCCCAUGGAUACAGUUCCUCCAGCCUGCCAGAACUAUCGCCAGAUGUCUACGCCUCCCAAAACCAGCUGGAAGCCCUACUGUCCUGGGUCAGGCACCCGUCUAGGGCAUGUGGUCUUUGACGCCCGCCAGAGACAGUUCAGAGCAGGCAGGGACAAGUGCGAAGCUCUGUCUCCCAGGCGCCUUCACCGAGAGACAUCCAACAACUCACCGGAGACCAUCAAGGAGUGGGGAUAUCAGUGUGUGAUGAGCAACUUAGAAAAAGAGGGGACAGAUAUGCAUGAGAAAUAA